AUGGGCAACAACCAAUUUCUUCAAAAGCUGGCUGUUGUUCAUCAGGCAACACACACCCACACACCUAUACACGAUAAACGCGCAGCAACAUGCUACAACUAUUCUACCAUGACAGCCGAAGAACCCUCUCUUUUCACUGCUGAAGGUGCCCAAAUCCGACUCAAGAAGGGCCUUGACCAAAUUGAUGAACAGCUUGGUCAGUUCCAAUACUGCAAUGACUUUGAGCGUCUCACCGGUGUUCGCAAGUCGCAUGCUGCUUUGGGUCUUGGCGUUCUUUUCUUCAUCAUGCUCGUCUUCAACUUGGCUGGUCAACUUUUGACACAUUUCAUCUCUUGGGUUUAUCCUGCAUACGCGUCCUUCAAGGCUAUUGAGUCUCCACAAACUGACGAUGACAAGCAAUGGCUCACUUACUGGACUGUCAUUGGCUUCGUGAACAUUAUCGAGUUCUUUGCUGAUUACCUCCUCUUCUGGAUCCCAUUCUACUCCCUCACCAAAACGGCAUUUGUAUUGUGGUUGACUCUUCCUCGAUUCAGGGGUGCUGAAAUCAUCUACACUCGUUUCUUGCGUCCUCGUUUGCUCGAAGCUCAAAAUGAUAUUGACAAGGGUGCCGAUCGCUUGCGCCAAAAGGUCGGCGAUGCCGUUUCAGACAUCACUUCCAAGCAGGAUUGA